AUGAUGGUAUUUCGCUUCUCGCCAGCGACGGUGCGUGCGAGCUGCGGGAUGUCACUGGUUCAAGGUAAGCUCCGACGGAGUUUCGAGUCUGUGGCCAGCGUGCUGGACACAAGGCAUGCGGAAUCCGGAAGCAAACGCAGCAUUUGGAACCAUCUGGUUAGGCAUGCGGAGUUUUAUUCGCGAAACCAGGACUCGUGGAACCUGGCUCUGGAUCUCGGACCUGCAUCUCCGAUGCUCGAGGCGACUCGGAACACGGGCUGCGGACUCGCAAGCCGAGUGCUUCGCUGCGAUGGCAGUUUGAGUUCUGGCGGUGGCAAGCUGCUGAUCUCCCUACCCAGUGCCAUGCAGAUCGAAACCGCCGUCAUCGUCUCAAAGAUGCGACCCGGCGAGCUCCAGGGCACAAUUUGCGCCUCUUCGCAAGGAAGCUGCGCUAUGGCAUGUCGCUUCUGUGACACAGGCUUAAUCCGCCAGGCUUCAGGUGGCGGCAUCAACUUGCCAGAGUGGGCUAUCUUGGAACAAGUAUUGCAUGCGGAAGCAUGGCUGCAGCGCGAAGGUAGUCAGAAAGUGAGUAACGUGGUCUUUAUGGGUAUGGGAGAGCCCUUGUUGAACUACGGAAAUGUGCUCGGAGCAGCUCGCAUGCUCCGUGCUUCGGGCCACAAGGUGACUCUGUCCACGGUGGGAGUUGCACCUCAAAUAAGAAAGCUUGCAAAAGAUGCUCCACAAGGCCUGAAUCUGGCCUUGUCUCUCCAUGCACCCACGCAAGAGCUGAGAGAGGAGCUGCUUCCGGUGGCUUCCAGGUCCUGGAAGCUGCCACAGGUGUUUUCUGCCGUCCGUGAGUUUGAGGAGACCACCGGCACUGGCGUACUUAUCGAAUACAUUCUUAUUCGUGAUGUGAAUGAUGGGGAUGAGCAGGCAGUUGCUUUGGCCAAUCUUAUCACUGAGGAGCGGAUCAAGUGUGCAGGCAUCAACCUGAUUCCUUACAAUCCCACGGAUGCCGGUGCUGCGCAUGGGUAUCGGCCGCCCUCCGACCUCACCUGCAAGAGAUUUCGUGACAAGCUGCGCAGUUUGGGCGCUCCGAAUGCCACAAUCCGCUUCUCCACAAAGCUGGGCCGCUCGUGGUCGGCCGCCUGCGGUCAGCUUGGACUCAAAAGACCUCCGACAAGUUGA